AUGUUUGGAAUUGAACCUUGCCAAAAAUGUUUCUGGCUACAAAGGUUUUGAUGACUUUGCACACAGUUUCUUUACUGUUUAUCAAGCAGCUUCUCAGGAGGGUUGGUCUCACCUAAUGUACAUGGCUUCUGAUAGUCUUCCAGCAUGGAGAGCUACCUUCUAUUUCACAACUAUGAUCUUUUUCUUGGCAUGGUUAGUGAAAAAUGUAUUCAUUGCUGUCAUCACUGAGACCUUUAACGAAAUCAGAGUACAGUUUCAACAGAUGUGGGGAGAACGAGGAACCAUUCCCACAGAAUCCACCCCACAGGUUCUCAAGGGAGAUGACACUGGCUGGAAACUGGUAACUGUUGAUGAAAAUAAAGGUGGCAAAGCUCCACGAUGUUGUCAGAUUUUUCUCCAUUCAGCUGUCUUCCAAGUAAUUGUUAUGGUUGUUAAUGUAGCCAAUGCUUUUGUUGGUGCUAGUAUCUCAUUUGAGCAUGAUGGUCGCCCUCGAGAAGCUUUUUACAUGAAAUACUACUUUGCUGAGGUUGGAUUCACAAUUUUCUUUGAUCUAGAAGUUCUUUUCAAGAUUUGGUGCUUGGGUUUUCAGGGCUACUACCGUCGUUCACUGCACAAGUUUGAGUUUCUUCUUGCUAUUGGUACAACUCUACAUAUUAUGCCAAGCCUUUUUAUGUCAGAACUUGCUUACUUUCAGGUGUUGAGAAUAGUUCGACUGAUUAAAGCAUCUCCAAUGUUGGAAGAUUUUGUAUACAAGAUAUUUGGUCCUGGAAAGAAACUAGGAAGUCUAAUUAUCUUUACCAUGUGCUUACUGAUCAUCACUUCCAGCAUAAGUAUGCAGCUCUUCUGUUGUUUGGCCGAGUUCAACUUCCAUAAAUUUGAAGCUUUUCCCGAAGCCUUCAUGUCAAUGUUCCAGAUACUCACUCAGGAAGGAUGGGUAGACGUGAUGAAUGAAACAAUGUUGCGAACAAGCCAAACAAUAGGGCCGCUUGUGGCUAUAUAUUUCAUCUUAUAUCACCUUUUUGUCACAUUGAUUGUGCUCAGCUUGUUUGUGGCAGUCAUUCUGGACAAUUUGGAGUUGGAUGAAGAUAUCAAAAAACUAAAACAACCUCUUCAGUUUUUCAAACUCCAUACUUUGAAAGCUAGAGAAGAAAGUGCCGGCAUUAAGGAAGGUCUUCCGUUACGACUUCGUAUGUUUGAGAAAUUUCCUGACAGUCCACAGAUGACAAGGCUGCAUAAAACCCCUUCAGAGUUCAACAUUCCCAAAGUUCGGGAAAGUUUCAUGAGACAGUUUGCUGUAGAACAGCCAGAAGAGACACCAACCAUGAAAAAGACAAGUGAAGAUGGUGACACCUUGGUUACCUAUCGUAAGCAUCCUCCAUUGUUGCUGAUGUCAGAUACCAAUUCUGUUCGUAGUUCUCUAUCCCAGCUGAAGAAAUCAAAUGUUAAUUACAUCAUUGUUGAUUCCAAUAACCAAAGACUUUUGGUUGGAGAUUCUGGUCAGAUCCCGAUACAAGGAAAAAGCCAAAAGCAUGGGUCAGGACAAAAACCAGUUCGACUUGAUCGAAGGAGCAUGCGCCACUCAGUGCGAGGUGGUUCCAUAAAGAUCAAACAGAAUUAUGACCACCUCAAAGAAAAUGGAGACGUAGGAAGUGUAAACACUACAGGUUCAGGUCGGAGUCCUCAUGAUUUUGACAUUAAGCUGCUUCAACAAAAGCGUCAGCAAGCAGAAAUUAAAAGAAAUCAACGAGAAGAGGAUCUGAGAGAAAACCAUCCAUAUUUUGACACGCCUUUAUUUAUUGUUGGAAGAGAGAGCCAGUUUCGUAAGAUUUCUCAGAUGAUUGUAUAUGCACGGUAUGACCCUAGAGUGAGAGAUCCGGUGACAGGAAAAGAAAGAAAAAUUAAAUACAAAACUCUGCAUAACCUUCUCGGGUUGGUAACCUACUUGGACUGGGUAAUGAUCCUGAUUACAACUGUAUCCUGUAUAUCCAUGAUGUUUGAAACUCCAACUAGAAGAAUCAUGAUCACUCCUGUACUUCAGAUUGCAGAAUACGUAUUUGUUGUAGCUAUGAGCAUUGAGUUGACUCUUAAGACUUUCGCCGAUGGGCUUCUGUUUACUCCAAAGGCUCUUAUUAAAGAUGUUGCUGGCAUCAUGGACUUCUUUAUUUAUACUGUGAGCUUGGUUUUUCUGUGUUGGAUGCCUGAAAAAGUUCCUCCUCAAUCUGGACCUCAGCUUUUGAUGAUUUUGCGUUGUGUACGUCCAUUAAGGAUCUUUAGUCUGGUGCCUCACAUGCGUAAGGUGGUCUAUGAACUCCUAAGAGGUUUUAAGGAGAUUUUACUGGUAUCUGUUCUUCUCAUUGUCUUGAUGUUUGUAUUUGCCUGUUAUGGAGUGCACCUGUUUGGUGGUCGCCUUGCUCGAUGCAAUGAUCCUACAAUUGAAACUCGAGAAAAGUGUGUUGGAGUGUUCAUGAGAAAAGUGUUCAUUACUAAAAUGAAACUGGAACCCGGAGCAAAUGAGUCUUAUCCUGCUAUUCUGGUACCUCGAGUUUGGGCCAACCCUCGCAGGUUCAACUUUGACAAUAUAGGCAAUGCUAUGCUGGCACUCUUUGAAGUUCUUUCCUUCAAGGGCUGGCUGGACAUUCGUGAUGUCUUACUCAAGAGGCUGGGACCUAUCCAUGCCAUCUAUAUUCAUAUCUUCGUGUUUCUCGGUUGUAUGAUCGGGCUGACUUUGUUUGUGGGUGUUGUUAUUGCUAAUUACAGUGAAAAUAAGGGAACAGCUCUCCUGACAGUAGACCAAAGAAGAUGGUGUGACCUGAAGAAGAGAUUAAAAAUUGCUCAACCUCUUCAUCUACCACCUAGACCUGAUGGACACCACUUUAGGGCCUUCAUCUAUGAUAUCACUCAGAACCUACUGUUUAAGAGAGUGAUUGCUGUUUUAGUCUUGACCAACAGUAGCUUGCUGUGUGUCAGUUGGAAGAAAGAUGAAAGCCAUACAAUACCUUUGGCUACUGUUUCUGCCGCCUUUACUGUGCUUUUUGCCAUUGAGGUCAUAAUGAAAAGUAUCGCUUUCACACCAAGAGGAUACUGGCAGAGUCGACGAAAUCGUUAUGACCUGUUUGUCACCUGCUUGGGAGUUGUCUGGGUGAUAAUGCAUUUCAUGUUGAUGAAUGACUUCAGUAACUCCUUUGGAUUCGUAGUCGUUAUUCUGCGGUUUUUCACCAUCACUGGAAAACACGCUACCCUGAAGAUGUUGAUGUUAACAGUGGUGGUGUCCGUGUAUAAAAGUUUCUUUAUAAUCAUGGGGAUGUUCCUGCUUAUCCUGUUUUAUGCUUUGACUGGUGUCAUUUUGUUUGGCACAGUUAAAUUUGGCGAAAACAUUGGCAGACAGGCGAAUUUCCGAACAGCACCAAGUGGUAUUGCCAUGUUGUUUCGGAUCGUAACGGGAGAAGAUUGGAACAAGAUCAUGCAUGACUGCAUGAUUGGACAGCCAUACUGUACACCUGGUGAGAACUACUGGGAAACUGACUGUGGCAACUUUACUGGAAGUCUGAUUUAUUUCUGUACCUUCUAUGUGAUUAUUACCUACAUUGUCUUAAACCUUUUGGUUGCCAUUAUUAUGGAGAAUUUCUCCUUGUUUUACUCCAAUGAAGAGGAUGCAUUGCUGAGCUAUGCAGACAUCAGGAACUUUCAAAACACUUGGAACUUAGUAGAUAUUCAGCAAAGGGGAGUGAUACCUGUAAGAAGAGUAAAGUUUGUUCUUAGACUUCUAAAGGGUCGACUAGAAGUGGACCCAGAGAAAGACCGUCUUCUCUUCAAACACAUGUGCUACGAAAUGGAACGGCUUCACAAUGGCGAAGAUGUUACCUUCCACGAUGUUCUCAACAUGCUAUCUUACUGGUCAGUGGAUAUCCGUAAAGUUCUGCAGCUGGAAGAACUACUGGUUCGCGAGGAGCUGGAGUACAUCAUUGAAGAAGAGGUUGCCAAGCAAACUAUCCGUCAAUGGCUGGACAAAUGUCUACGUAGAAUUAAGGCACAAAAACAACAGAACAGCUUAAUCAACAGCUUAAGAGCAACGAACGAAGCCCUGCUUGCUGGCUCGGAUAUCCUUCCGGCCAAACCACCUGCCAUAGAAACCAAAGAAGAAGGGAAAGAAGAGAACAGCGGGGCUUCGGUGAGACAUCGUAAGAAACUUGGGGGGUUGCCAGGAAGAUCCGACAGUUUUUCUUCUCAGAACAGCAGAUUUGAAUCAUGGCUUGGAUUUUUACAGUAUUUUGAGAUGUGA